GAUUGGAACGCCUUAGCGAACAAGUGGUAUCAGUCUCAUCAGUGAAUAUUUUCAAGGAGAAACUGGACCUUCACGGGAAGGCAAUCUGUCAGGAUUAACAUAGGUUCACCAACCUACUAUCCUUAUUACUGAGGACUGAAGAAAGUCGCGUUCUCUUGAUAGAAGUGGGUCACUACACGCUUAUCUCUGAGGUCACUUGAACAGCGCUCAAAGGUCGUCCUUGAAUUAUAGUCUCAGAGGCCCAAGUGGAUUACUUUUCCUUCUGAGUAUCUUUUGAAUUAACAGUUAGUUGAGGUCGGUCCUGGGAUAAAUACUCGGUAUCUACGGUUCCUUACGAUAAGAGGUUAUUAUUAUUAUUUCGAAUAUGUUUACCACCUGUCUUGACAAUUUUUUUUAAUGGAUAUAAACGUUUUAUGCCUAUUCGUUCAACAACUUAUGCUUUAUCAUAAUCGCUAAAGUACCUGUAAGCAACAUGACCAUUGAUUUGCCAUUAUAUGUGGUAUGCAAUGCCACAAAUGCACAGGGUGGCCUAAUAUUAGGCCCCUUUAUUUCCCCUUUCGUCCGCUUUAUUUCUCCUUUCUUCCCCUUUAUUUCCCAUUUUUGUGUUGCUUGGGAUGUGAUAUGCAUAGAUUUCACUUCAACUGCUUACAAUAGACUCAUCAAAUCUGAUGACAGGUGGGUAAUGGACACAGUUAAUAUAAAUUUUGAGGACAUGCUGAGUAAUAUAAUCAGUCUUCUGACCGGAUUGAGGGAAAUAUUGUCAACAGCUCUGAAAGAAAUCAGGUCCAAAACGCAUAGCCAACGAAAGAUAAGCGGUGGGCGCCAACUUCACUUGAGAUAUAUUGUAACUCAUCACCACACCAACACCAACGGUGUUAGAUUCCCUCGGCAAGCUUUCGUCUCCUAGCUUAACCUCCAAAUGCAACUGUGGUGUCUAGAAUGACUACCAUAGACGACUAUAGUCGUCUAUAGACCCCCAUAAAUGGCGUUAGAAACUUCAGCAUUGAAAGUUCUUAAAGCCUAGGUCUUGGAGAAAUUAUUUAGUGGUUCGACCGUAUAAUAUACUACCAAGAUUGUUCUACCGUAAAACAAGAAGGACUACGGCCUCUACGUACCCAGAGACCUAGGAAAUCAAUCAAAGUUCAUGUUAAUCCCUUAAUAGUCAUGAAUCUAGGAGACCGCUUUGAUAUAUUCCUCAGUUUACAAGAAAAAGAUGAUAGGAUGUUUUCGGAUGAUCUAAAUAAGGAGCUCAAGCUUCUCAAAAUUAAACUAACAACGGUCGUACAACGUACUGGAGGCAAGGAUACGAAGCUGCCGAGACUCCGCGUCACAUUCGCUAUUCAGUCAGUCAGCUAUUGCUGACGGCAUGGUGGAUAUUUUACUUGUCAGUUAAUUGCUCAAAUCUGGAAGGUAUAUGAGAUUGUUGUAGGAAAUUCAAACUUGGUAACCCACGUCCGCCAGCAUCCUCUACUACCUUUCCCCAUAAUGUGACAUGGUCAGCAUGACGUAUCACUAAAGGUUGGGCGACAUCAAAUAUAAAUGAGUACUGAUCUAGCUCUGUCGCUCCAGUAAGUACGGGUCUCCAAGAAUGGGUUUUAAAGUUGCUUCGUACUUUUGAUCGAUCGUCAACCAGAAACUCAGUCUAGGUUUGGUACGGCUAGAAAGGUUGGAUAACCUGUGUUGUUCCUGAUAAUGGUCCCUCACUUUUUCCCACUUCUAAUGCAUUGACAGCGUGUUGUAGCAAGGAGUUUCACUAUUUGAUGUGAAAGUUGGUAGUCAGCUGACAAGUAAUUGGUCAUGAGCUUGUGGAAUUUAUUGGAAUGUCCUCUUAAAUUCUUCUGUAAGACGGGAGAAUGUGUACUUUAGAUGGGAAAUUAUUAUUAAGCAGAUUAAAGAUAGUGUUUAAGUCAUGUCUAAUCCUUUUGUAUUACGACAGAGUAAUAGGCUUGGUUCAGCCAGCCCCUUAUGCACUGACUGCGAAACUACCUUGAGGCACUCAACUAGACACUUUUACAGCUAGACAACUUGGGGCAAACCCAUACGGUUUGCUAGUGUCCAACUAUAAAAUCAUUUAUCCCUAAAACAAAGUUACCGCUCGUCCCAAUAUUAUUCAACUUGGAUAACAGCCCGUUGUAUGAGACUUUGUCAAAAGCUUUGUUGAAGCCAAUGAAGGCUAAAUCUUUAAGCAGCUUUUGAUCUUUCAUGUCACAAUAACAUACUCGUGUUACCAAUAAGUUGGUGAGUUAUGAGUAAACUAUAAUUAAAAAAUUUGCUUUUCAAAGCAAAUGAAAGGGCUGUAAUGCAACAGAAUAAAUAUAAACUAAAAGGGUCAUGGAUUUCUGCCUCGAAAGACUUAUCGCUCACAGAUGGUGUAAAAAAAUGAGAUUCUGAAACAGCGAUACAGCUGAAAUUAAAUGCCGGUGAUGAAGAUCUCAGAAAGAUGGAUUUUAGGAAGUUUGGGCUUCUGAAGUGAGCAAUUCCGAAGUCGGUUUGGGUGCAGUACGAAUUCGUUUAAAUGGUUUUCAUGUUACAAAAAUGUUCAGAACUUGCUUAACAAAUCGUUACAACCCUGCGUACAGACAGACUCUAACGAACUGUAUGUAAUCGCCUUGACGAUCGUGGCUAAUUCAGUCGAUAGAGUACGCGAGUUCGUGAAAUUCGAAUAAGAGGUGGUUAAGACCAAAAGCAUAAAAGGCUAGGGGUAACAUCAUAGCAUCUCUUUGACUGUUGUGGUUGCCAAUAUAUAGUUAGUGAUUUGGUUGUGUCCAUGUUUUCACUAAUUUCAGUCACAAUAAUUUCAAGUAUUUUUCGUUUUAAAUGAACCACUCAGUGUUGUAUACCACGAUAGCUUUUAUUUAUCUGAUCCCCUUUCGUAAAUACCUCUGAUGAAUUGGUUACUUUAUAUCAUGUGUUCAUAUCCAUUUAUUUAUCAGAUGAGAAGUCACCUCACUGUUUCCGUUAAAUUGUGUUAAUAUUCUAGUCUUUGAAUGCUUCUGUCAAGUGUCCGUUAUGGACGUUUCAUACCCUGGAAAUCAAUGCCCGGUAGUGUUUGGGGUGGUAAACAACGGAAAAUCCCCCGUUUAACUAAUGCGCGUAAAGAAGCGUUUUUGGAUGAGCUUCUUAUUUCUCGCCAAAACCAUAUGUACCUUCAGAAACCGUAUUUCAGUGAAGAAGUUGAAGCUGUUACUCUAGCUGAUGAGAAAAAAAAACAAAACAAUCAAAACAAUAAAAAGUUAUAUUCCGUAAACAAUGCAAAAAUCUAAAAUUACUAAUCGAUUAUGUAGACUACCUGGUCGUUUAGAUGGGAAAUUAGUUAUUGUAACUGGUGCAAAUAUUGGUUGUGGACUUGAAUUAAGCGGUGAAUUAGCACGUCGUGGAUGUACUGUAAUUAUGGCAUGUCGAGAUUUAGAAAGAGGAUUUUUAGGAAAAGAAGUUCUACUUGAUCGAUUUGGUGAAAGAAGUCAAGGGAAAUGGAGAAAAUCACCAGCUGGUCCAGGAGUUGAACCAUUUCUUGAUGUUAUUAAAACAGCACAGUUAAUUGUUGAACAUUUGGAUUUAGCUUGUUUAGAAUCCAUUCGUCAUUUUGCUAAAAGCAUUUUAAGUCAAUAUACACGAUUAGAUAUAUUAAUCCAUAAUGCUGGAAUGAUGGCUACUAGUUACAUGGAAACACAUGAUGGAUUUGAAUUACAAAUGGGUGUUAAUCAUUUAGGUCCUGUAUUAUUAACUGAAUUAUUAUUACCAUUAUUAUAUAAUGGUGCACCAUCACGUGUUAUUGUAAUUGCUUCAAAUCUAUAUCAACAAGGUGAUAUUGAUGUGAAUAAUUUAAAUUUACGCGGUGAACAAUAUGGACCAUUUAAAGCAUAUAAUCAAUCAAAAUUAGCUAAUGUUUUAUAUGUUCGUGAAUUAGCUAAACAAUUAGAUGGUUUAAAAGUGAUACCAAUGGCUGUACAUCCUGGUGCAGUAAGAACAGAAAUAUCAAAUACAGGAGAUCAUAGAUAUCAGUUAUUUCUACGUGCUGUUGGUAUAAGUCCAUGGGAAGGUGCACAAACUGCAUUAUAUUGUACAUUAAUUAAUGAUCCAGUACCUGGUGGAUAUUAUUCUAAUUGUGAAAGAGAAGAAUUAACUGAAAAAGCAUUAAAUGAAUCACUUAGUAAAAAAUUAUGGGAUGCAUCACGUGAAAUGGUUGGUUUACCACCGAAUUUAUUAAGUUUACCAUAACAAGAAAAAAAGAAAAAAAAGAAAAAUAAUUCUCACAAUUUUCUUUUCUUUUUUGUUCUUCUUCUUCUUCUUCAUAUUUUGUUAACAUUUUAUGCUGGUUAUUAUUCAUUAAAAGAAUGUUUUUUUUCACUUUUUUGUUUUACUCAAUAUGUACUCUUAACUUUAUAAUAAUAAUAAUAAUAAUAAUAAUAAUAAUGAUAUAAUAAUUAUUGAUUUUUUUGUGGUUACCUUAUCAACAAAAUGUAUAUUUCAUUAUUAACAUUAUCAAUUAUUACGUUUAUUAUUGUUAUUAUUGAUUAUUGAUAAUAAAUAGUUUAUAAUAAUAACUGAC